CUUUCACAUUUUCUCCAUCACCAAUUGUGCAUAGUUAAGAUAGAUUUAUUUUGGAUGUAAGAUCACGAAAAUAAAAGAAAAGAAAAAGUAUUUUAAAAGUAGAACUUUUCAACAAUCCAAGCAGUGAAAUUUGAUCCAAAAUCCGCAAAGUUUUUUCCAUUUCUUGUGUAUUAUGUGGUGAAGAAUAGAAUAGUGAGUGAGUGAGGGAUACAACGAGAGACACACACAAUGAUGGACAUCAACAAAAGAAUGCAGGGACUGGACGAGUCAAGUGUAAGACAAACGUCGGAAAUGUCGAAUUUUCCGGAAUCACAAUUUUCCGACACGUCCAGCAACGUUCAACAAUCAACUGCCAGCAACAAUAACAACAGCCCCUGCGAGGAAGAAUCUACUGUAAACUUUCCAAAAACAGAAAACAGCCCCAUGGUGCCAGCGUCUGAUGGAGAUAUAGAUAAUAUAGGUAACUCCAAUGGUUCUGGCCACAACAUCACAUCGCCAAAUUCCAAAAACACGAAUAAAACUAAUCCCAAUGCCACGCUGACCAAGUCGGGUAGCGACGAGAAGGAAAUCAAGGAGGAAACCACAUUGUCGCCACCGCACACUUCUCCACUUGCUAAAAACGAUGACAACGACGAGAGUCAAGAACGUGCGAAAAGUGCUGGAGCAGCAAUGACUGGAAGCGUAAAUCCCAACGUAGAGGGAGUCAGCACAAAUGUGAGCCCCAAAUCCAACCCGGAUAUGUUUAAUAACUCCACAAAUAUGCAGAAUUUACCCAGAGGUUUGAAUCCUUAUAACAACGGAAACAACAAGUUUAAUUACCCAAACCAAGUUGUUGGCAUAGGAGGAGUGGGAGUAGGAGGAGGAGGCGGCGGCGGCGAAAAUCAAGGACCAAUGAAUCCUGCAAGCAAUGGAGGAAUCGGAGGAGGCAGUGGCGAUUACCUGCAACAACACAAUCACGUGUUUGUAUUUUCCACGCAACUUGCAAAUAAAGGUGCCGAGGCAGUUGUCGGCGGACAAUUUCCCACAAUUAUAGCCUACCAUUGUAUGCAGCCAUCGACGAAGUUAUUUCUGGAAGACUUUUUAAAAAAUCCAGCCAAAGCUUCAAAAAUGCAAAAACAGAAUCCACCAAACCUAAUGAAUCUCAUGCAAUCGGAAAUGAUGGGAAACCGACCAGGCGCCCAACCCUUUUGGUUAAAUGAUGGCGGUAACAAUGUUGGCAAGAUGCCACAUAGGCCCCGUUCCCUGCGAAAUGCCGGUGUCGUUAACAAAAAUAGCCCUAGUUGGGAACAGGCCGCUAGUUUGGAUAGUAAAAUCGGACCACCAUCGAAUCCUUUGGAUGUAUUGGCCAAUACUGAAGGCUUUGAUAGUGCCCAAAUGUGCGGUGGAGGUAUUAAGGACGUCGAUAAAUCCAAUAUACCUUCACUGCAGGGUGUGAAGGUUCCAGAUGAGAACCUAACACCACAGCAACGGCAGCACCGUGAGGAACAGCUGGCAAAGAUAAAGAAAAUCAAUGAGUUUUUAUUUCCCGAAAGUGAUGGCAAUGAUUUCCAACCACCACCCAUGAUGAAUAGCAGUGGCGGUGCCGGGGUAGGGGUACCUUCGGACGGAGCGUCUUGUACAAAUAAUGCAACUAAUCCAAUAGACAGCAUGAACAAUGCUUUAAAUACAGGAAAAAUUGCCCCGGCGGUAUCCGGCACAAACAUAGGUGACGAUGUGCCACCAACUGGAGCUACCGGCGGAGAUUCUAUGCCCUUGGUACCAGGGCAAAACUCAAAACAAGGAUGUACUUCAAAAAUAAAUGCAAAUUUAAAUUCAUUGAAGCCCAACCCCAGUGCUCCUGAUUCGAAUCCAGACAUGAACCCUUCCUUCAACAUGAACAGCUGUCCGUCGCUAGAAGGCGAUGCUGGGGGCCACAGUGGUGUCCCACCAGGGAUGAACAUGCCCAAUGAGGAGUGGUCAAAGUUUCAGAACAAUAUUUUCCCCGACGGCUUCAAAUUCAGAGAAAACUCCAAUUCCAUGAACAAUCCUAGUGGUUUGCCUGGCAAUCAAUUACCCAACCAAACUCCGUCAUUGCCCCGUCCGCUGUCUACAGGUGUUGGAGGAUACGGUAUGCAAUCCCGCCCCAAUGCCGGUCCCAGUCCUACAAACCGCAACAACAACGGGCCUCCGCCGCCAUACCAUCAAACACAGCGCUCAGCAUCAGUGCCAAUAUCGACACAGUCUCCUACACAGCCCAACAUCAACAACGCCACUGCAGAUAUAGGGUUGACAUCACCUCAUGGAGGACGUGUUCCCUUUGGAAUGUCUUCAACGCCGCCACACAUGGACUCGUCUAACACUUCCACUAGCGUAACUAAUCCAUCACAUUCAUCAGCUACAUCCUUUCCCGGCCUUAACAGCGGCAAUGUCAAGAAUAUCUAUUCAUCCAAUAUGAAUUCAUCACAGAACUUCGGCGGGCCACAAAAUCCUGCAGGCCUCAAUAAUAUGUCAAACUCCCCCGGUUCCCUGUCACUGCCCCAUUUAUCCCACGCAGAAAUGGAUCCCAUGAAUGCUGGCAACAAACUGAAACGAGGAAGUCCUCAGAAAAGCAAGAGCCCCCUCAUCAAUGAUAUGCAAGGCAACAUUGGCAUGGAUUCCAAAUAUGGAAACUUCGGGCUCAAUUAUAACAUGUGUGGAGGAGGACCCGGGGGCAAUAUGCCGCACGUUGGUCCCCAGAACAUGCGUCAGAACAUGGGACAGAUGCCACCACAGUUUUGUCGUCGCAUCGACAAUAUACCACUUAAUCCGAACUGCAAUCGGUUGAACCAGAAUAAGCCGGUGGGUAAUUUCGAUCCCAUUGCGUCAUUAGCUCAGAUGUCACAGCAGUUGACAGGCAGUGCCAUGGGAUUGGGCUCGCUAGGUGGUGGCGGUGGCGGCGGCGGAGGAGGCGGCAACAGUUCUUCGACUGGUCUUAUGGAUGUCAACAGCGGAGAUAUGAUGGGAGGACCCCCUGGUCGCAGUGACCAUCCCUUGGACCACUGCAAUCAAAUGCCUAACAACAACAUGGGAAUGCCAGGAAUGGGCGGAGGUGGUCCAGGACGUCCUGGUCCCUAUGGGUCCGACCCAAUGAACAGCAUGGAUGCAAUGGAUCAGCGCAUGUUAAAUGGGAAAAUGUGUCUGCCGGGGCACUUUAAUCACAAUCCCCUGACCGGUGUUGGGUUGAGAGACUCCAACAUGGGUGGCAACGAUAUGAUGUCUGCAAAUCGCGCCAUGAAUCGUCGAAUGCCAAAUAAUUUCGAUAACUUUAACAUGUCGUCGAACGUGCAUGUCCGUGCAAGCGCUCCCAAUACCAUCCAGUAUAUGCCUGCCAGAUCUCAAAAUAUGAACAAUAUGCGAAUGCCACCCAGCAUGGAGUUCUUUCAACGUUAUGGUAAUCCUCACGGCAACCAGAUGGGUGGUGGUGUGGGCAAUGCACCCGGUGGAAUGCCCAACAACGAUAUGCAGAAUCCCAAUAUGAUGAAUUUAUUUGGAAAUUGUGGUCAGAUGCCACCUAAUGGACGGGGAGGGGGUCCCGGAAUGGGUGGACCCGGGCCAGUUGGUUUUGAGCCGAAUGAUCUGGGAGUUGAAGGCAAUCUAAUGCACAACGAUGCACCCUACAUGAAUGUACCAUGGAGGAACGGAAUGCAACAUACAAUUAAGACAUCCAACAGUCCUUGCGAAGAAGAACAUUUAUAUGGCAUCCAAAGGACUGAUGGAAGUGAAUGCUCGGCAACCGGAGAUACAGGAGGAGGUGGUGGAGACAUUGACAAUACAGCCGGCGAUAGCAGCUCGCCAAACACAAAACAGUCGUUAUGUAAACAGGGUGCUUUGAACAAAAUAAAACCCAACAAUGUACACUCAGUGGCCUCGACAAAAGUCCUUACAGAGGGACAUGAUAUCAAAAAGGAGGAACCAUCUUCACCCGUGUCACAACUAGGAUUUGUGACAAACUCUGGCAUAUCCCACUGUGAAAAUGACGAUCGUGGCACUAACAUACCGCUUAACGCCUCACCCUCCACGUUUCCCAGAAGUAUUAGCUGCAAUGAUCUGGAAGAGAAUUCCACAAGUGCUAGUGUUAAUAUACCAGGCAGUUCCAUUGAUGGUUGUGGUCUCUUGAAUACGAACAUAAGACCAAAGUCUGAAGAUGAAUGCGUUGCAUACAUUUCGAAUUUGUCGAAAAAUUUGAACACACCCAUAGGAAACAAUAACCCAACCCAACAACGGCAGGCGGAAAAGCAAGGUCUGCUUAAUGCAACUAGCCAUAAUAGUGAGUUCUUGCAACCCCAAAAUCAUGUAUUCGUUUUUUCCACCCAACUUGCCAAUAAAAGUGCAGAAGCAGUACUAAGUGGUCAGUUUCCAACAAUCAUAGCUUAUCACUACAUGCAGCCAUCCACGAAAUUAUUUCUAGAAGACUUUUUAAAAAAUCCCUCCAGGGCAUCCAAAUUACAACGUCAGUACUCACUGAAUAUAAUGAAUGCCAUGAAUUCAGCUGGCGGAGGUGGAAAUGGCCCAUGUUCGGGUUCCCAGCCUUAUUGGCUGAAUGAAUGCAACAAUUCUGGCACACCGUCAAACCGACUUGGGUUGGAUAGUGCCGCUGGACCAGACAAAACCAAACCCUUGUGGGACGAGACAAUGAAUCCAUUUGACUUGUUGGGAGCCAAUGAAUAUUUCGAAAAUGCCAAAGCAGCCGCCAUUAUUGGUGGUAUGCGAAUGGAAGACAGGACAAGUAUGAUACCAUCUCUGCAAGGGAUAAAAGUGCCGGAUGAAAAUCUCACUCCACAACAGCGGCAGCACCGCGAGGAGCAAUUGGCCAAAUUGAAGAAAAUGAAUAAAUUUCUAUUUCCUGAAAAUGAUUCGCAAACCUUAACAACACAAUUGACCGCUGCAGGACCCUCUGGAAAUUCUGCUGAUGGGUUGCAUAACCCUUCAGGAAAUUGUCCAGAUGCUUCUAAUAAAAUGUUUCAGCAAUCUUUGCGCCAUUUGCGUGGCAAUGUGGGAAGUGAGCCAAGCAUUCCUUCCGGUGGCCUACAAUCCAGUAGUAAACAAUCGAAUCUACCAAAAACGAAUCUGAAAGACAGGACUUCAUGUGAUGCAGGCAACGAACAAAGCAAUCGUUCGGCUAACAUGGCUGCCUCCUUUGGCAUGGCCGAUAAGAGCUCUGCUUCCGAAGGAAACAUUAAGGAAACUAUGUUGGGAUCAUCCAACCUCAAUACGACCCAAGAUCAGUGGAAUAAAUUUCAAAACAACUCAUUUCCGGAUAACUUGAAGAGCCGGGAAACAAACAUUGCCGACAGCCAGGCGGGUGGCGGACCUACGCUGUCACGGUCCAUGUCGAUGGGAUCAAGUGCUGGUGUUUAUAGCGUGCCGCCGUCUCGUUCAAACACUACAACAAAUAACGACUGCAACAAAGGCCCUCUCCCACCGUCUACAUACCAGCAAACACAGCGAUCGGCUUCAGUACGAAUAGCUACACCAUCUCCAACGAACGUUAACAGUUCUAGCCAAGAUAUGUCACUGACAUCGCCACAAAGAACAAACCCGGAUGUGGUGGCAAACACAUCUGGCAACACAACUCAAUCCACCCAGUCGAAUGCAACAACAUCAAGUGGAAUCCCAGGUCCCAGUAACAAUGGCGGCUCCAGUCUCCACACUCUACCACCACCAAUGACUUCCGAAGAAAUGGAUAGCCUAAAAUCAAAAGAAAUUAGUCCCCAGCAGAAAUUUAAAGGACACAACGGAAAUGAUAUCCCUCCCAACAACAGUUGCAUGGAUGUGAAAUACAACAAUUUCCAUUUGAAUUAUCCUGCAGGCGGUAAUGUUAUGGCUCCCACUGUUCCACAAAAUAUGCAGCGUCACAGUAUGCAGCAGAUGGCUCCUCAGUUGUGUCGUCGCAUCGACAACAUGCCAUUAAAUCCAAACUGUAAUCGCUUGAAUCAAAAUAAAAGUGGAGGCCAUUUUGAUCCAAUAUCUUCCCUUGCCCAAAUGUCUCAGCAAUUGACUGGCUGUGGCAUGGGUUUAAAUUCAAUGGGACCUGGAGGUGCUGCAGGAGGAGGCCUUUUGGAGGGUGAUGACCUUUUGCUGGCACAUUCUGGCCAUGUUAAUGAUCGCACAUUAGGCCACUGUAACCAGUUUUCAAAUGCUAAUCAUUUGAGCAUGAUGGGAAUGGGCAUGAGUGGCGGUGGAGCAAAUAGACCUGGCCAAUUCCAUGGCGACAUGAACAGCAUGUUAUGUGGCGAACGGAUGGAUGGGCGCAUGUUAAACGGCAAAAUGUAUGUACCUAAUAUGGCGGGACACUUCAAUCCAAAUUCUAUGAAUGGUAAUCUUGACGACCACCAUGAUUUGUUAUCGCCGAAUCGCCAGUCAUUUGGUCGUCGCCUUUCCACGACAUCUUCCAAUGUCCAGAUCAAAGCGAAUGCCCCAAAUACGAUACAAUACAUGCCGGUGGUCAGGUCUCAAAACAUCAACAAUAUGAGGAUGGCGCCGAAUAAUGAUUUCUUUCAAAGCUACUCAAAUCAACAAAUAAUGGGAAAUGUGGGUGCGAAUAUGAUGAAUAUGUUCGCCAGCUCUAAUCAAAUGCAACAACUAGCUAUUGGCAUGGGUGGCGACGUUAAUAGAGGUUUUGAGCCACACGAUUUGGAGUUAGAGGGAAAUCUUCACCAGCCCACUGACGAUUACAUGAAUGUGCACUGAAAACUGAGAAGUCGAACCUAAUGUCAGUAUUCUUUUUUUCUCAGAUUACCAUUGACGAUUUUCCGAAUUACAUGGUCAUUCCCAUGGUCAAAAAUGCAAGUCAACUGUUUUAUUCUACAAAGCAGAAUGCAAAACUUAAAGUGAUUCCGACAAACGUUUGUUAGAUGGAAACUAAGAUACUACCCUAAAAGGAGGGCCGACCUAUCUGACAGAUAAUGCGAAUGCAGGAAGUU